AAACCCAUCGGACGGUCUGGUACGGUAUACAGUGCCCGGCGGUCCGCGGUCCCCGUCAGAGUGCCCUUACGGUUUGUGUGUGUUAUCCACAGUCCGUGGUAUAUAGUUUUUUGUAAUUGUUUUUUUUUGUUUUCUCACAUUUUUCACAUCACUUUGUUCGAUUCGCUAUACGGUGUAACGCGACAACCGGCGUUGGAAAGAAAAGGAAAUAGAAAACUGAUAAUAUACACAUUUUUUUUUCUCCUGUCCAAAAUGAGACCGCCAAUCGAAGAGGAAAUCGAAGCGGCAGAAGUGGAAGUGGCUGACAACCACUAUGCUGCCAUGUCGUUGGUGACGACCAGACUGGCCGGAAACGCGGUAAUCCGCGUGGUCAACCGUUGUAACGAGGCGCAAGAGAGCUGCAAUUUGGAUCUGUCAGAGUGCCAACUAAUGCAGAUUCCCGACGCAAUUUACCUACUCAUGCAAAACACAAACUUGACCACGUGCGAUUUAUCCAACAACGUAAUUUCAAAACUUCCCCCCAAGUUCCCGGAGCGGUUUACGGCCAUUACAGAGUUGAAUUUAUCUCAUAAUCAAAUCAGUAAAUUGCCAAAUCAACUAUCGGAGAUGAAAUCUCUUCAGAAACUGAAUAUCUCUCACAAUUCUUUUGUCGAGUUACCAGAAUCGAUCAGUGAGCUAAAAGAAUUGUGCACGCUUAUUGCCAGCCACAAUUUUAUAAUUGAUGUUAAUUUCAAAUCGUUGGAGUCGUGUUUGAGACAAUUGAAAGAAGCGGAUUUCUCAGAGAACCCGUUGAACGAGUCGACACUGGACAUGUUGACACAACAAUUACCCUUCAGGGUGCAUUUUACGGCCCCCAACGACGAAGACUGGAGAGACUUAGACAACUGAUAAAUGCUAUUGUAGAGAUUAUAACAAAAGAAAAAAAAGUGAUUCAUAAUACAGAAAUAUAUUUUUAAUUAGCUAAUAAAAUGUUUUUAUUUCAUUAUUUUUUUUAUCAUAAUUCUUUUUUUAAUUAUUAUUAUUUUUGGCGGUUCGUUCGCUCCGAAAUAACAACUGAAAUGAAUAAUUACAUAAAAUAAUAAAAUUUGGGUCCCUACCCACAUAUCACUGCAUAUAUGCCAUCAAAUUUUUUUACACAUACAUAUCAUUAUUGUAAUAACAAUAUACAUUACAUAAAUUAUAUUCUUGUUUUUUUUUGUAUUUACACUUAAAUAAAUGACGUUAAAAGUU